AUGGCUUCAGCAUCGAGACGUAGCCUGGGUCAAUUAAUCCAACAAGGAUGGCACGAAAUCCCUGAAGUUUUGGCUACGACGGGUUUGGCGCUCGUUGGUAUUGGCAUGGCCACAGUAGGAUGUUAUAAUUAUGUGAAAAUGGACGGAGACAACAGGAGGUAUAAGAGCACCUACGUUGUAAUGAGGCCCGAUGACCCUAAAGCCAAACUAAUUCGCAAAGAAUAACUCUAGUUCGUGGUCACUGUCAUUGUUUUCCUCCUCCUCCUCUUGGUCGUCGUCUCCGAAGUCAUCGUCAGCUUUGGCUCUGCCUUUCUUGACGGCGCCCGGCGCGUACGGCAGAGCGGUGGCUUUCUUGUUGUAAGAUCGAGUCAUCGCCGCUUUCACCUGAUUGAAGAAUAAUUUAGAAUAAAGAAAAUAAAUAUUUAUUAUAACUUUA